AGGUUAGAGCAUAUUCAAUUAGUAAAAUAGAUGAUAUUCUUAAUGUAUAUGGAAUAUCUCAGAAUCCAAAUACAAAAGAUUAUAUUAUAGUUGUUGAAUAUGCAGAUGGCGGAAGUUAUAAUAAUUGGAUAAGCAUAAAUUACAAAGAUUUUAAUUGGAGAAAUAAAAUACAAACACUACUUAGUAUCAUUGAAGGUCUCAAAGGAAUUCAUAAAAAACAGAAGGUUCAUCAUGAUUUUCAUACAGGGAACAUAUUGUUUUUAACAAAAAACUUAAAUAAUCUUAAUAGGAAAUCAUUAUUUAUAUCAGAUAUGGGAUUAUGUGAAGAUGUGAAUAGCACAAGUGAUAUAAAAACUUAUGGAGUUAUCCCUUAUAUAGCGCCUGAAGUAUUAAGAAGAAAACCUUAUAGUCAAGCAGCAGAUAUAUAUAGCUUUGGUAUGAUUAUGUAUUUUACAGCAACUGGAAAGCAACCUUUUGACGAUUGUGCACAUGACCAUCAUUUAACAUUAGAGAUAUGCAAUGGAAUUAGACCUGAAAUAAAUGAGCUGGAAGUACCAAAAUGUUAUAUUGACUUAAUGAAAAGAUGUUGGGAUUCAAAUCCAGAUAAUAGACCAAAUGCUACUGAAUUAAAUAUUGAGAUUAAGUCAUUUUAUGAUUUUUAUAGUUCAUAUAAAAAAGGCAAUUUAAAUGCAACUGAAAUUAGAAAGCAAUUUAAAGAAGCAGAAGCUUACAGAAAAUUACAUCUCUCUUCUUUUAAGGAAAACAAACAACAUCCAGGAGCUAUUUAUACAUCUCGAUUACUUAACCCUUUUACAAAAGAUCUUCCUAAGUAUGAUAAUAAUAAUUCUGAAUGUUUAAGUUGUGCAAUUAUUGCUGAUUGAUGAUAUCUUACCAUGAUGAAACUUAAAAUACCGUCAGAAGUUUAACUAGUAACUUUAAUAUUUUUUUUGUCUUCCACAAAGUUUAUUUAAUAAUAACAUGCAUUUAUGCUUGCC